AUGAAUAAGACAUCAACGACAAGUCCUAAUGAAUUGUCAUUGGAAUUUGUUGGUGUCGGUGUUGUUGAUUUCCCAGUAUAUUCUAAUGAAGACUAUUGGCAGCGAGAAGUUCCAUAUGCAAUUUUCAUUCUAAUUUUUUGUACUUUCUUUAUAAUUCUUCAAUUUUUGGUAAUGCGUGUUAUGAUAACUGACAAGGAUUUAAAAAAGUUAUCUGCAUUUCAGAUAAUGUUUAUGAUAUCUUUCUUUGACACAAUUCAAUUAUUUAUACAUCUAACUGCAGUAUUCUACAUUUUAAAUUCUAAACCUCACUUUGAUUUUCCCGAUUAUUUAAUCGGAGCUGUGAUGAAUGCAUCAUGGGUCUCAAUGCUCAUUCUCAGCAUAUUUUUAAAUAUUAAUCGGCUCAUUUCAAUUGUUUUUCAUUUUCAAUCCAACAAAAUAUUUAAUUCUUUCAAUAUGAAAAUAUAUUUCACUAUAGUUCUAAUUGUAUGGUGUAUAGUUUGUUUUUUAAAUGCUUUUGGAUUCAGUAGAAUGGUUUAUUUAUUACCUGCUUACACGUGGCACUAUGCCGCUUCAAAUCCAUUAUCAGCUGUAUUAAGGUCUGUAAGUGCUGAUAUAUCUUUAAUAGAUGUCGUAUUCUCAUUAUUUGCUCAUUUGGUUAUCUUCAGUUAUAUUUAUUUUAAAGCAGCAUUAUUGUCAAAGAAAGAAUUAAUAUUGACAAUUCAAGUAUUAUGUGUUUCUAUAUUUCAUGUUAUUGGGUAUUUGACAUGGGAAUAUCUACCAAUUCCAUGGGAAUUACCAAUUGGAGUGUUCAUUGGACAUGUUGUAUGGAUGAUUUGGAAUUCAAUCAAUUCAAUGCUUUAUGUAUUAAUUAAUCCUCGUAUUCGUAACCUGGUAUUAGCAUCAAUUGGAAAACAAACAGAAGUCAGUGGACGUACAAUGUUUGUUGCUUCGCACGUAUCAACAGUUCGACAAUCCGGAGCUAAAAUGUAGUCAGGUCUUCAAAUAAAAUAU